UAUUCGUUGUUCAUUCGAAUGUUGACAACGUAUACAGACAUCGAUCAACUAUACAUGGCUAUUUAUAUGUAUUUACGUUCAAACCAGCCGUAUCAGGAUGCCGCGUAAACAUUGACUGUGAUUUGUAGGUCGAUCUAUUAAAUAAUUAAAUAGUUAAAGAAUGCCGAAGCGUGCGUGUCCAUUCGAGGAUGAUUUACCACCGCAGUUAAAAGUACAUGUAGGCGAAAAACAAGUCGAUAAUGGUGUUUGCCGAGAGGAACGAAUGAAAACUGUUUACGGUAAAACGAUGGAUCUAUUAAAAGAAGGUGUUAAAUCACUGUCUCGUAAAUUGAAUUCCUCUAUGGAUAUGAAUUCGAUGGAUAUGCAAUCGUCAACGGCAUCAUCUGCAUGUAAAACGAAACAGGAACGUAAUUCAAAACAAAUGGUACUGAACAGUAAGUUAGAACUGUUAGGAACGAAUAAAGCCAUCAAGGAUGUUCGUCCGAAGUAUGAUCUUUGUGGAUGCACACGAGUAAUAGAUCAAAGCAUGCUUAAUAAAUGUUCUUAUUGCGAUCAAGUUUUAUGCAAUUCUUGUCUGUUUGAGUGCAUCACUUGCUUGGAACUCUUUUGUCAGAAUUGUUCCUUACCUGUGUACGAUUAUGAGGAACGAAACAAGUGUCUUAACUGUUAUAAAUGAAAUUAAAAUACAUGUUUUUAUAGUCUGUAUUUAUACUUUAAAUUAUUUCUUCUAAAUAGUUUUAUACGAUUAAAAUAAGAAAACUGAAACUGCCUGGUUUUAUAUUAAGAAUAGGAAAA